UACUCAUUAGAAAAGACUGUAUAUAAUAGAAACAAGGGGAAACGUCUCUGAAUUGCUUUUUUUCCUGAAUUUUAAACCACCAAAGAAAAAGUUUUUAUUUUUAUUUUUCAUACGCAGCUGCUCACAUUAUUACGCGCCACUCACUGUGAGACCUUGUGCUGCGUGGAGCGCUCCCUCCACGUCUCUCUCUCUCUUUAUCUCUCUAUUUUCAUCCUCCCAUUCUUCCCUCCGCGCCGGCAGGCUCCAGCUGGGCUUCUCCGACGACAAGCGCAAAAAAAAUCAAGGGAAAGGGAAAACGAGUGUGGAACAACAAUCAAGAAAAUACAAAGGGAAAAUAGAGAGUGCGACGGAGGCAUAGAGAGAGAGUGAGUGUGUCAGCGAGAGAAAGAGCGGUAAAAUACAUCGUUCCUCUCGGUCGCGGUCUUAUAAGUCUCUGACACGCAAAACUGAGCCGCCUCACUGUAGCGCGCAGGGCUGUGCGCUCCUUCAGCCAGCUAAUCCCGUGGACUAAAGCUCCGCGCUUGGCGUUUCAAGACGUCCUGAUGUGGAGUUCCAGCCGGGGGCGUUUCUGAAGACGGAUUUUAACACAGCUGAACUUCUCUCAACUUCUCCUCCCCUUUUUCACCGGUCGUCUGUUUAUCUGCUGCUCUGCCACCAGGAUUAAUAUGCUGAGUGGAGACGAUUAGCUGGAGACUGAAGACAUGGCUGAAAGGCAGCAGAAUUCUCAGAGUGAGCUUUGACAGAAUGGUCGAUUGCAUCAGCAAAGUCAUGCUGCACACGGCUGUCUCAUGCUGGCAACCAAUCCUGGGGCUGGCCCUCAUCCUGGUCUUUGUAGGCUCUGCCCUCGGCUGCCCCGCCCGCUGCGAGUGCUCCGCCCAGAGCAAGUCCGUCAUCUGCCACCGCAAGCGUCUGCUGACCAUCCCUGAAGGCAUCCCCAUCGAGACCCGCGUCCUGGACCUGAGCAAGAACAAGCUGCGGAGCGUCAACCCUGACAACUUCUCCUCGUUCCCUCAGCUCGAGGAGCUGGACCUCAGCGACAACAUCAUCGGAUCUGUGGAGCCUGGGGCUUUCAACGCCCUGGUGAACAUGCACAGCCUGAGCCUGAAGAGCAACCGCAUCAAGCUCAUCCCCCUGGGCGUGUUCACGGGCCUCGCCAACCUGACCAUCCUGGACAUCAGUGACAACAAGAUUGUAAUCCUGUUGGACUACAUGUUCCAGGACCUGCACAACCUGAAGGUGCUGGAGGUGGGCGAUAACGACCUGGUGUACAUCUCGCACCGAGCCUUCAGCGGCCUGCUGGGGCUAGAGAGCCUGACGCUGGAGCGCUGCAACCUCACCAUGGUGCCCACCGAGGCCCUGUCCCACCUGCACAACCUGGUGAGCCUGCGUCUGCGUCAGCUCAACAUCGCCCUGCUGCACCCAAACUCCUUCCGCAAGCUGUUCCGCCUGCGGCACCUGGAGAUCGACAGCUGGCCGGCCCUGGACAGCUUCCCCACCGACACCCUGCAGGGGCUCAACCUCACCACACUCUCCGUCACCAACACCAACCUGUCCUCCUUCCCCCACCAGGCCUUCCGGCAUCUUCCGUACCUCACACAUCUCAACCUGUCCUUCUGCCGCAUGUCGCACAUCCUGGGGGGCGCGAUGGCGGAGCUCGGGAGGCUACAAGAGCUGCACCUGGUGGGGUCGGGGCUUCUCACCAUUGAGCCUUAUGCCUUCCAGGGCCUGAGGUCACUGAGGGUCCUCAACAUCUCCCACAACCAGCUGGACACCCUGGAGCGCUCGGCGUUCCAGGCUCCGGAGGUCUUGGAGAAGCUUCUGAUUGACGGGAACCCUCUGGUGUGCGACUGCCGGCUCAUGUGGCUCCUGCAGCGUAGGCACUCCCUGCAGUUCGGCGAGGCCCAGCCCGAGUGCAGCACCCCCGAGGGAGUGCGCGGACGGCCCUUCCGCGAGUUCAAGGAGUCACUGCUCUCCUACUACGUGACCUGCACUAAGCCGCGGAUACGCCAAAACAAGACGCAGCUGCUAUUCGUGGAUGAGGGGCAGCCGGCUCGGCUGUUCUGUAGCGCAGACGGGACACCCCGCCCCGCAGUCACAUGGUUGACCCCCCGCCAACGCCACAUCACCAACAAGAACAGCGGCCGUGUCACGGUCCAUGCCAGUGGGACGCUGGAGAUCAAGGUGUCGGAGGUGCAUGAUAGCGGGGUGUACAUGUGCGUGGCGAGCAACGCAGCCGGAAACGACAGCCUGUCGGCCUCCCUCGCCGUUAAGAGCCUGGGGAUCAGCGACCGGUCGCUUUACGCCAACAGGACCUCUCAGUUCUACACUGAGCCCAACAACACGGCCACCAACGGGACCAACCUCUUCAACAUGACCUUUGGCUUGGACCUAAAGACCAUCUUAGUGUCCACAGCCAUGGGCUGCUUCACCUUCCUGGGCGUGGUGCUGUUCUGCUUCCUGCUGCUCUUCGUGUGGAGCCGCGGGAAGGGGAAGCACAAAAGCAACAUCGACAUUGAAUACGUCCCCCGCAAGUCCGCCGGGACGGGGGCAGAGGGCAGCGAGCAGGCCGGUCCCCGGCGCGUCAACAUGAAGAUGAUUUAACGCCACCGGGCCACACCAGGAACUACCGAGCGACGGGAACAAUGGCAGCCUAGACAGACUACUGCCCCCACAGGCUGGGAGGAUACAUGGGGAGAAUUUGGCACUGUGCGCUUGAGAGACAGACAGAUCGCGUACACUCCCUCCACACACUCUCCCACCGGACCUCAACCCACAGUCGGAAUAUCGGAAUACUGGAGGCAAUUCCUAACCUGCAUUUCAGCACCGAGCAUUUGCCUACUCAGAAUCCUGAAAUGGGGAACGUUACAGACCAAUGUACAGAACAUAUUUGUAUCUAAAAUGAAAAAAAAAAUGUAUUUGUUAAGUCUUGCAUCAUGCUUACCCCUUUGCGACAACGAGACGGAAAUAUCUUCACAAAUACAUACGUUUACAUAUAUAUACUUAAUGGCACAUUAUGUGUAUGUAUGUAUGCAUAUGCACAGUCUUUUAAAGCAAUAUUCACUGGAUACAGCUUCAGCUGAAUUGAAAAACACCCAAAAUCCAGCUUGUUGUGUCCUCACGUUGAUAGCUGCUGGAGAAUCACCAGAACGGAUUUGUGCUAUUCCAGUGCAAUUCUUGCAGUUAGCAACACAUCCGUUAAAUAAAGAUUUCACUGGAUAUUCAUUCUUAUAGGCCUCAAUCCCAAUAACAACAGCCACAGCAGUGACAGAAAUAUUACUGGUUGUCAUGACAAGUGACAUUUUGUAAUAUCAGGUUCUGUGAUUUUAAGACUUACUGAAGAAUAGUAUGUGUAUAUAUAUAAAAAAAUAAUAUAUAUAUAUACAGUACAUUUAUUUAUAUGGGAGUUACCAUUCUUGUUUCCUUAUAAAAUCACUGUUUCUCCUUUUUCAUUUUUCCUUCUUUCUUUGACCCCGGUCUUUCCGGGGACUUGCCUGGUGGCGUACAGGAUCACAUGUCCACGUCUCUGCCGUGAUAUGACCCUUAUUUUCCCUCCGAUCAGAAAUCUGUUGUGGUAGUACCCUCAUUUCUGUUGAUCAAUCAUUUAGAUUGUGUAAAGUUAAAAAAAAAAUCUGUAUGUUGAAUAAAGAAUUAAUUUGUAUCCUGA